AUGUUAAUAUUGUUAUUAACCCUUUGUAUUUGUUCUCUUGCACAAAAUAGCGAUGUUAUUAUUGGUAUUGACCUUGGUACAACUUUUUCUGCUGUUGGUAUUUAUAGAGACAGUGGAGUAGAAAUUAUUGCCAAUGAUCAAGGUAAUAGAAUUACACCAUCAGUUGUAGCAUUUACUGAUCAUGACAUUCUUGUUGGAGAAGCAGCAAGAAAUCAAAUAACAGAAAACCCAAAGAACACUAUAUUUGAGAUUAAGAGACUUAUUGGAAGGACAUACGAUGACAAAGAAGUUCAACGAGAUUUACAUAUCUUUCCAUUUAAUAUUAUUAAUCAAGACAAUAAACCAUUCAUUAAAGUUACUUUAAAAGGUGAAGAAAAAAUUUAUUCACCAGAAGAAAUAAGUGCUAUGAUCAUUCAUAAAAUGGCUAAAACUGCUUCAGAUUAUCUUGGAAAAGAAGUUAAAAAAGCUGUUAUUACUGUCCCAGCUUAUUUCAAUGAUGCACAAAGACAAGCAACAAAAGAUGCAGGUACUAUUGCUGGACUAGAAGUUUUAAGAAUUGUUAAUGAACCUACAGCAGCAUCAAUGGCAUUUGGGUUAAAUAGUUUUAAAGGAGAGAAACAAAUUUUAGUAUUUGAUCUUGGAGGGGGAACAUUUGAUGUGUCAUUAUUAAAUAUUGAAAAUAAUGUAUUUGAAGUUAUUGCAACAUCAGGAGAUACUCAUUUAGGUGGAAGUGAUUUUGAUCAAAGAAUUGCAUUAUUCUUAGUUGAAAUUUGUAAAAGGAAAUUUAAAAAAGAUCCUUCUGAUAACCCACGAGCAAUGAGUAAAUUAAGAAAAGAAGCUGAAAAAGCUAAAAUUGCUUUAAGUAGCGAAGAACAAACAAAAAUUGAAAUUGAAGGGUUAAUGGAAGGACUUGACUUCUCUUUUGUUUUAACAAGAGCUCGAUUUAAUGAAUUAAAUCUUGAUUUAUUUAAAAAAACACUUGGACCAGUUAGAAUGGUUUUAAGUGAUGCAAAAUUAGAUAAAAAAGAUGUAGAUGAAAUUGUACUUGUUGGUGGAUCUACUCGUAUUCCAAAAGUUCAAGAAUUAUUACAAGAAUUCUUUAAUGGAAAAGAACCAAAUAAAGAUGUUAAUCCAGAUGAAGCUGUUGCAUAUGGAGCUGCUAUUCAAGGAGCAGUUUUAAAUAAUAGUGAAGGAACAAAUGAUGUUGUAUUAGUAGAUGCUACCCCAUUAACAUUAGGUAUUAUGACAGCAGGAGGUGUUAUGGCAUCAAUUAUUCCAAGAGGAACACAUGUACCAACAAAGAAAAGUCAAAUUUUUACUACCCAUGCAGAUAAUCAAGAACAAGUUGAAAUUCAAGUAUUUGAAGGAGAAAGAAGUUUAACUAAAGACAAUCAUUUAUUAGGGAAAUUUAUGUUAGAAGGAAUUAAACGAGCACCAAGAGGAAUUCCAAAGAUUGAAGUUACUUUUGAUGUAGAUGUUAAUGGAAUUUUAAGAGUUUCUGCACAAGAUAAAAAAUCAGGAAAGAAAGAAGAAAUUACUAUUACAUCAGAAAAAGGAAGACUAACUGAAGAACAAAUUCAAAGAAUGGUUAAAGAAGCUCAAGAACGAUCAGGAGAAGAUAACAAAGCAAAAAAAAUGAUUGAGUCACGAAAUGAAUUAGAAAAUUAUGCAUAUAAAGUUCGAGAUGAAGUAAUUGAUAAAGAUAAAUUAGCUGAUAAAUUACAAGAAGGUGAUAAAAAGACUAUUUUAGAUGGAGUUGAUGAAGUCCUCGAUUUCUUAGAACGUGAAAUGCAUCCAAGUAUAGAAAAAUGUGAAGAAAUGUAUAAAAAAUUAGAACAAAUUGUUCAUCCAAUUUUAAGAAGAUAUGGAGGAGUACAUCAUAGAGCUGAUGAAAAUUUUUAUGAAGGAAAAGAAGAGAAUAAAGAAGAAGAUAAUUUUGGAAGAGACAGAGAUGAAGAAGAAGAAGAGAAAGAUGAAUUAUAA